AUGGCUUGCCCAUACUACCAGGGCAGUAACCCUUGCCUUGCGACACUUCAGAGGUAUCCUGUGGGCAGUAACCCCUUUUUGGAGGAACCCAUGGCCCCUGUGUGCUCUAUCAACUUUGGCCGGUCUGUAUCACACUUGUGGAAAGCUUGCGAGAGUGAGAGCAGUAGGGGAGAUGCAGCGGGGAAGGCACUGUACAAGGACGACGCAUUCGACCGCUUGUGGAAAACACGUCAUCGUAACGCUUGGGAUGUCGUAAAAUCAAGUGUAGAAGGAAACACAGAGAACUCCACCUAUGAGCUGCCAUUAGAAAAGCUUCCUUCUGACCGCAAGAGGAUUAUCAAUGUCACUUUUGAUGAUGAUGACAAUUCAUCACCCGCUCAUGUACUUACUCUUCAAUACUUGAAGCCUGUCACCUUAAGUUCCAACAAGAUAAGUAAAGGUUACGUUAGUUUCACUAUCAUAGCAACAGCUGAUUCAGAUGCUCCUCCAAUCUUGAAUGCCUACGAAAUUUACGAAGCCAUCUCACAACCCAAUUCCCCUACAGCAACACAAGACGUUGAUGCCUUGUUGGAAAUAAAGCAUACUUAUGGGAUCUCCAGAAUCAGUUGGGUUUUGUCGAACAAUGAAUUGGCUGGACAACUACCAGAGUUUCUCUCAACUCUUCUGAAUUUGAAGUUCACGAAGCUUACUGGUUCAAUUCCCAAUGCUUUGAAGGAAAAUGCUGAAUUGCAGCUAAGUGUGUCCAACAAUCCAGGUCUUUGCCAAAAGAAUUCCUGCCAAAAACACAAUUUUGUAAUUCCACUUAUUGCAUCAGUUGCAGCUUUGGUCAUCCUAAUUGUUAUUGUUGCUCUGGUGAUCUGGAGACUUAGACACAAAAGAGACAAGACUUGGUCUCUUAUGAAAUGUGCAUCAAUUUCAAUGUGUUUGGUCCUUGCAUGGUGUACCGGAUUCGAGGCUAGUGCUGCUGCACUUGUAUUAUCGCACCAUAUGGUUGGUAUCCUCUUAAUUUUCAGUUUCAGUUCAGAGAGUAGAGAGGAAAUCCAACAUAAUUCUGUAGCAAUGUUGGCAAGGGACCUAUAUUCAGAUUCUGUACUUGAUCUUGCAACUACCUUUUGUUUCUUGGAGGACCAAGUGACUAAGGAGUCUCCAAUAAAAACACAAUACCCUCCAAUUGACCUCCUAUCAUCUGGACAAGAGGCCCAAUCGGCAUCUGAAUAUGCUAUAAUAUCCAGCAAUGUUGAUGGUUUUAAAUGGAUGCCGUGA